AUGGAAGAACGAGAUCUCCCUCACUUCCGCUCCAUCCCAUGGUGCAUGUCCAUCCUCUCCGGGCCGGCAUUCAUCAUCACACCAACCUUCUCCCGCCAAUUCAAAGCGAACACAGAAGAUUCCCUCUUCGCAACCACAUUCCAAACCCCUUCCACCAUAUCUCACUGCCUGUCCCUGCACUCUCACCCUCUCCCAGACUCACAAUGGAUCCCCGAAGUCCGCAGCCUCAUGACCCUCGGUCUCGGCAUGAACGGUGGCCCAGCGAUGUUGCACGGCGGCGUAAUCGCUACACUCAUGGACGAUGUGAUCGGAACCUUGCUCACUGUGAACAAAAACCACAGCACAGGUGAUCCGUUGAGUGUUAAUACAGUGACGGCGUACAUGAACGUCAAGUAUCUGAGGCCGAUCGCCACCCCGCAGACGGUGUUGGUGAUUGCAAAGAGUAGGGGCACGCUAGAUGCAAAGAGGAAGAAGUUUUUGAUGGAUGCUGAGAUUAGAGAUGGGGAGGGGACUGUACUGGCUAAGGCCGAUUCUUUGUGGAUAAGGAUGGUGAAGAAA